AUCUGACUAUCUGAAAUGGCGUUAGAACUUGCAUCCUAUGGAGUCUUGGCGUUGUUCGUUAGUAUCCUUCUGGCAUGGCCGCUUUUAAAGAUUUCUUUUCAGCUACUAUUGGUAUACUUACGAGUUCCGUGGAAAAACGCAAAAGGUGAGAGAAUGAAGGGUGAAACACCGAGGGUCCCCUACGGACAUUUUAACCAAGUUAAUUUCUUUGGAAGACCACUUUCUCAAAAGCAUGGAUCCGUUUAUUACAUCUGGAAUUGCCUAACCCCUGUAGUGAUUUUAUCAGACGCUGAGGCAAUUCGUAGCUUCUACUCUGAUCACUACUCACACAAACGAGACCAAGACUUUACGUGUAUUGGUGCCAUUUGGAAUCAGGUGCUCGGUGAUUGCAUGGCAAAUAGUCAUGGACGGCAAGAAGUCAAAAGAUGCCGAGGUCCUUUUGAGAAGUACUUCACUACCGACAUUGUCACAAACUUUCUUCCAGUUAUUGGUCGAGAAUGUAAUACAUUUUUAAAGAACCUAUCCACAAACAAGCCCAUUGAUCUAGCGAAGAACGGUUUAUCGAAUAUCACACUUCGUACUCUUGUUCAGAUGGUCUAUGGAGAAGAUGUCCUGAAUAAGUAUUUCAGUACUGACAUUCUACGAGUAAACGAGCUUCUUCAAGAUACAGUUGAUUUGUUUAAUAUUGGUCAAACACGACUGCCAUUUUACUCCAAGCUGCCAACUAAAGCAAACACACAAGCAGAAGCUUUCAAUAGUGCUUGGUCCGAGUUUAAUAACUUCUUGUUCAAGGAGUAUAAGGAGGGACUUAUAAACAGUUCUGGAGAAGAACUGUUCUUUGUCAUGAUGGGGCAACUAAGAUCCGAUGCGCUCGAUCUUAGCGAACGAGAACUACUUCAAUCUGUAGACGAAAUUCUGCUCCUAAAUGUAGAUGUGAGCUUUGCUGCAACAUCAUUUGCGUUAAGUGACAUAGCCAAGUACCACGAUAUCCAAGAUAAACUUCGUCAUGAAGUGGACGGAGCUCUUGAAGGUCAAGACCCAUCAACAUUCCAGAACUUGUAUAAAAGACUGCCUUAUAUGGAAAUGGUGCUAAAAGAGAGUGCCCGGAUGCACCCAGCUAUUGCGUUAAGUCUCCCUGAAAAGACCGUCAAACCUUUGACUGAUGUGGCUGGAUAUCAAAUCCCUGAUGGGACACCCGUGUGCGUGGACACUUACUCUCUCAACUUCAACGACAAAUACUGGGAAAACCCGGAGCUGUUUCAGCCCGAACGGUUUUCUGAAGGUAGCAGGCAAAUACCUGGUUCGUACUUCCGAUUUGGAAUGGGCCCUAGGAAAUGCCUUGGAUAUCGUUAUGCUUUGGCCAUCACACGAAUUGUCGUAGCAUCUGUUCUGCAAAAGUACACGAUUCAGCUAGCCGAUCCCACUGCUCAAGAGAGAGUCAAGACAAGAGGGAUGGUUUUCUUUACGCCAUAUCUUUGCCCUGAAAUAGUUUUUACAGAGAGGACCUUGCAACAGUAAGGACAUCUUUGAUGCAAAUAGUUUUACAACCAUGAAAUAGUAAACCUGUCAAUUGUACAACUUGCUAGUCAUUCCCAGAAACUUUGAUACAGUAUCUACAGUAUAGUUAUUUUAACAGCAAAAAGCGGUGUUUUUUUUUCUUGAAAAGAUCUACUUAUAUUUUUAAGUUCAGGCUCACUGAACCAUAAUUUCAUCGUAUUUCAAAAGCGAUGCCUGUCUUUCGUGACGUUUUAACUAGCGUAAACUCAUGCCCUGGAAUGCCUCCGGAGUAUUAGAGGGAAUUAUUGAACACAUAUUAAUGUUUCCAUUGGAUACUGUUAGGCUUGGGCGUUUUAUUUUAAUCUUAAUGCGCAAUAAGUAACAUCACAAGGGGUGAUGUAGGGGAGAUCCAGAUGGUGGCCGAUUAAAAUUUUGGACACUAUCGGAGGUGCUAUUAGAGUAAGAGUGAUGUCAAUUCGUUUUGUUUGUAAUCAUGAAGAAUUUUAAUAAAUCACGAUAACAAAAACCGUGUAGCUUAA